CCCUCGGCGUUGCUAAUUGGUUCACGCAGUGGCUGUUGGCUGCUUACGCCUUCGCUGAUUGGCUGGAGACACGCUUCCCGGAGGCUUCCGCUACAGUCUCUGGAUUCUAGGAAGAGGUGAAAUCCAGAGGUGAGGAAGGAGAAACCGAGGAGGGAGCCGAGCUGAGAAGGCCUGUGAGCCACGGCGUGGAUCAAUGUGCUGGGCGCACUGAGCCCGUGGCAAAGAUUCUAAUAGCGAAAUGGCUACGUAUACGUGCAGCGUUGUUCUGGCUUCUCUUCGGUGCCGCAGUUCUCAUCUGGUCCUGAGGAAGAACCUGUGCCCGAUAUACACCUCUGUUUCCUGUGCACAAAAUAGAGCAUAUGCCCCCCGAUCAAGCUGCUUGGUGCAGGCUGCCUUUGUAAGCCCCUCAUGGAGCAGUCGAGCUUUCCAUACUUCGGGGUUCUGUCUUCAGGAUGCCCCGCCCUCUCCUCCUCCUCCCUCAACUCCUCCGUCCCCACCAGAGCCAGAGAAAGCUCCGCAGGUUGUGCGCAAAUCUCUCGGCCAGAGAGUAGUGGACGAAAUCAAGCACUUCUACCAUGGUUUCCGGCUGCUCGGGAUCGACACUAAGGUUGCCGCUCGCAUGGUCUGGCGCUUACUGCACGGCCAAGUGCUGACUCGGAGGGAAAGGCGAAGGCUUAUGAGGACGUGUGCUGAUCUUUUCCGCUUGGUCCCCUUUAUGGUCUUUGUUAUCGUCCCCUUCAUGGAGUUUCUCCUGCCUGUGUUCCUGAAACUCUUCCCAGAGAUGUUGCCUUCCACGUUUGAAACUGAAUCCAAAAAGGAAGAAAAGGUGAAGAAAAAGUUGGCGGCAAAGCUGGAAAUGGCCAAAUUCCUGCAAGAGACCAUCUCGGAGAUGGCACGGAGGAACAAGGCAGAGACGGGAGCCGACACCCAGCAGCAGUUCUCUUCCUACGUGCAGCAGGUUCGAGGCACAGGUGAGCAGCCCAGUACCAAGGAGAUUGUGCGCUUCUCCAAACUCUUUGAGGAUGAGCUGACUCUGGAGCACCUGGAAAGGUCUCAGCUUGUGGCCCUGUGCCGGCUGCUGGAACUGCCCCCCAUCGGCACCAAUAACCUGCUGCGCUUUCAGCUGAUGAUGCAACUCCGCUCCAUAAGGGCCGAUGAUGAGAUGAUCUCCAAGGAAGGAGUGGAGAACCUGACUGUCGCAGAGCUUCAAGCUGCCAGCAGGGCACGGGGUAUGAGAUCUCUGGGCCUCACAGAGGAACAACUGAAGGAGCAAAUGAAACAGUGGUUGGAUUUACACCUGAAGGAGAACGUUCCUCCAUCUCUGUUACUUCUCUCUCGUGCGCUGUAUCUGACUGAGCUGAAGCCUAAGCCAAUCCUGCCCUUGAAACAAGCAGUGGAGAUCCCUAAAAUAAACCCCACUGUAGUGGAAGCCGUAGAAGCUAAGGAUAAUCUAGCAGACACGGCUCCUACGUUGAAAGGGUUAAAGGGAGAAGAACUUGUGUCCGGGACUCUACUCAAAGAAUCUGCCGUGCAAUCGAAGGAGAAUACAAAAGCCAGUGCCAAUGGGGUGUGACGCUGCUGGAUACCAGGAGCAGAGCGAAGGUCCAAAGCUGAAAAUCGCAGCCAAUGAAAAUCUCCCGUGUUUCUCUCAUCUAAAAUGAUGCUGUGUCUCCCGGUGAUCUUCCCAGAAUUCUUUGCAUUGUAUCAUGUCUUGUCAUGUCACUCCUACUAUGGCUGCUAAUGGGUGUGCUGGGCUGUGCCAUGGUGCUGGGUAUCACUAUUCACUGCGGGUUAAACUCUGCACUGUAUACUGAUGCCACUUAUCCUUCUAUAAACACACACCUGUUGCGUGGAACUGUCAGAUUUGUCCCCUACCAUUUUAGGUACAGGGCUAAAGCGGGUGCAUAUCAUAAUGCUGAGUAUCACCAAAGUAUAUAUAUUGUACAGGGCCCAGGUUUUUUUUUUUUAAUUACUGUAGCACUGAAAAUGGAGCAGAACAAGCAUGAAGUUCCCAUGCCCCCCCCCCACCUUCCAAGCAGGCAGCAGUUGCUGUACAGGGAGCCUUAACUCUGGCUGUCGUUACAGCUGCAGGGGUCACAUUUGGAUUCUUACUAAGGCUGAUUAGGUGGGGUCAUCAAAGAACUGAAACCAGAAUCAGUCAGGAUCUAACCGUGAUCAUUGUAGCUGUACUAGCAGGCAGCAGUUGCUUUACAGGGAGCCUUAACUCUGGCUGUAGUACAGCUGCAGGGGUCGCAUUUGGAUUCUUACUAAGGCUGAUUAGGUGGGGUCAUCAAAGAACUGAAACCAGUAUCAGUCAGGAUCUAAACGUGAUCAUUGCAGCUGUACUAGCAGGCAGCAGUUGUACUACAGGGGGAGCCUUAACUCUGGCUGCCAGUGCAGCUGCAAGGGUCACAUUUGAAUCCUUACUGGGGUUGAUUGGGUAGGGGUAAAAUGCAGCCCUCUGUUUAUCCGGUGUUUAAGUGACCAGCGUAUUUCCCUGCAUUAGUUCCGAUAUAAUAACUGUACUGUGUAACUAACUGCAUGGGUCCAACAGUUUACACGGAAAUGAAAUGCCAAUACUUUUCCUAUUCUGUAAGUAGCUCUAUAUAAUAUAUAUAUUACUUUUAAAUUAUACUGUAUGUAAAUAUGUACAUAGGGUUUUUUUGGACUAAACCAUUGUAGACCACUGUACAUUUCUGCUCAGAUAGACUUUAUAUUCUUGUAUGUAAAAUUGAAUAUUUUCCUUGCUGUCUUUAAUUGUAAACAAAAGCCUCUAUUAAAUGUCUGCAAUUUUUUUUUUAA